AAAAAAUCGAUUUUUUUUUUUUUGCAUUUUCUUAAAGUAUAAUAUUUUAAAAAUAUUGUGUGAAAAUUUGAAGUGAAUCCGACAAAUUCUUUUCGAGUUAUUUAACAAUGACCAAAGGACGCUCGGGUGCUACGUGGCAUUCGAGAGCAGGUAGCUAGAAACAGCUGCAAGCAACCGACCUUUCGGGUUUCAUUGUCAUGAAUAUCUCCCCAUUUUAAUGUAGUACAAGAACUGAAAAAUAAUUUUUGGUUGCCAGUAUACCUGUAGUCGUUGCACUGAUCAGUCGAUAGUUUUGUGAUAAAUUAUUUCUCAAGUGAAUUAAAUUAUUAACCAUGGGACGUGAUUCUAGAAAGGUUUCAAGAGAACUUCGGAGUUCUGAAAAAAUUAAUAAGUCGCGUUCAGUCAAAAGAAAGAAUGUUUUUAAUCCGAAAACAGCCGAACGUGAUGAAAGUAUUCAGAGUACAUCUUCUAAAAAAUUAAAACAAAACACUGAAGAUGAUGUACCUGAAGACAGCAGUACUGAAUUUCGAAUAAUAAAUUUUAUUCAGGUAUUCACUGCAAUUUCUGCUCUUAUAAAAUGUAAAAAAUGUGAUGGAAAUGUAGUGUUUCAAACAGCAAGUACACGUGGGCUGGGAUUCAAAAUUGUAGUUGCAUGUAAUAACUGUGGAAAUGAAUAUAUUCCUUCCUGUUCUUUCGUUGGGCAUUCUUAUGAAAUAAACAGACGUUUCAUUUUUGUAAUGAGAAUACUAGGAAUAGGAUACGAAGGAUUGUGCAAGUUUUGCGGCCUGAUGGACAUGCCGUCUUUUUUAGAUAAAUCUACGCAUACAAUUUUACUGAAACAGAUUUUGAAUUGUAGUAAAGCCGUCGCAGAAACCUUCAUGACGAAAGCUGUGAAUGAAGAAAAGCAAGCAAUGCCAACAACUGAAAAUGAAGAUAUAAAUCAUCUAACUGUAUCGGGAGAUGGAACCUGGCAAAAACGGGGAUAUACAUCGUCAUUUGGAGUUUCUUCUAUAAUUGGCUAUUUUACUGGAAAGAUUCUUGACAUAAACAUUAAAAGUGCAUAUUGUAAGCUAUGUGAGUAUUGGAAAAAAAAAACAAAUACUGUUGAGUUCGAGGAAUGGUAUCAAUCGCAUGAAGAUGUGUGUUCUGCUAAUCAUCAAGGGUCUUCUGGGAAAAUGGAGGUGGAUGCGAUGGUCGAAAUGUUUUCGUAUUCUGAAACUAAAUAUGGAGUUAAGUAUGCCAACUAUAUUGGUGAUGGUGACUCCAAGACCUAUUCAGGAAUUAUAAAAUCAGAUCCUUACGAAAAUACAACUGUAAAUAAAAAGGAAUGUAUAGGGCAUGUCCAAAAGCGGAUGGGGAGUCGAUUACGUACGCUGAAGAGUAAACAAAAAGGUCUUGGUGGUCGAGGUAAGCUCACAGGAAAAUUAAUAGACAAACUAACUGUGUACUAUGGUUUAGCAAUACGCCGGCAUUGUGAUUCUAUUGAAAAUAUGAAAUCUGCUAUAAUGGCAACCUUUUAUCACUACGGCUCGAGUGAUGAAAAACCGAAUCAUGAUAUGUGUCCAAAAGGCGAAGAAUCUUGGUGCUCUUACCAGCGCGCUGAAGCAAGAGGAGAGCUUGAUACCUUUUCUCACGAUUAUUCUCCUUUACCUUCUGAUGUUUUAAAAGCUAUCAAGCCUAUAUACGAAGAUCUUAGUAAUGAAAAUUUACUUUCAAGAUGUGUAGGUGGAUUCAAUCAGAAUAAUAAUGAAAGCUUUAACCAACUAGUAUGGAAAAUAUGCCCAAAAACGGUAAAUACUAGUUUUACCAUCGUACAAAUAGCUGCAUACGUUGCUAUGUGUAUAUUUAAUGAGGGUAUAAAUUCAUUAUUAGUCUUGAUGAAUACACUAGGACUUAAUUGUGGGCCUAAUUCUCAUCGGUAUGCAGAAAGAAUGGAUGCUGCACGUAUCAAAGUAGCAGAUAAGCGCGCUAAUGAUAACACCCGAGAAGGUCGAUUGCAACGUAGGCACCAGCAAAUCGAUAUUUUGGAAGCUGCUAUGUCGGCUGAAGAGCUAUUAUAUGGUCCAGGAAUAGAUGACUCAGUAUGAAUCUCCAAGGACUUAUGAUGAUCACCGCAAAGGACUUCGGGAGGAACGGGCUCUACAAAAACAGCGAUAACUUUUUGAAUUAUUAAUUUUUUUUUUUGAAAUUUUCGUGAAGUCAAAUCGAAACGUGUUCUAAUAAAGCUAUGUUUUUAUUUUUGUCAAAUAAAGUAAUUAACUACAAAAAAAAAAUUAUUGAAAAUCAUCAUUUUUUCAU